AUGUCAUCUGAGGACCUUCGCGUCAUUUUUGUCGGAAAUUCCCAAGUUGGCAAGACAGCAUUAAUGAACCGUUAUGUUGACGGUGAGUUUUCAUCCACUGAACAAACAACAGUGAACCCAAUCUUCACUCCAAAAUCAGCCACAUCAGCAUCUAGUAAGGAAAUCAUGAUGCAAUUAUGGGAUACAGCUGGGCAAGAAAGGUUUCAAUCUCUGAGUCAAGUUUUUUAUCGAGAUGCACAUCUAGCUGUGAUUUGUGUAGAUCUUAGCGAGCCUUCAACUAUUGAUACCAUAUCUCUUUGGAAAGAAAGAGUUCUCGCUCACGAACCGUCAUGCGCUCUUAUUGCUGUCGGAACGAAAUUAGAUUUAGUUUUUUCCGAAAAUAGAACUAAAGUAUUAAGUCAACUAUCAGAAAAAGCAACUGAAUGCCAAAUAUCUAGCUACUAUGUUACUUCCUCAAAGACUGGUGAAGGAAUUGAAGAUUUAUUUACUCAAAUUGCUACAUUAGGAGAAGAUAUUCUCUCUAAAAAGGUAAAUAAUGAUGAUGGUAAUAAAAGCGUGCGAUUAGAUGAUCAACAGGAAGGAAAGGCUAAACCACCUACAAAACCUUUUGAUAACUGCUGCAAGUAA